CUUGGCAAUCUGGAAUUUGACGAUGACAACUCGGGUGAGGCUGCCAUCUGCAAUGUAGAGUUCCUCGAAGCUGCGGCUGAUAAUCUAGGCGUAACCGCCGAGAGCUUGGGCGAUGGCUUCUUGACAGAAGUCAAAAUUGUCAUGAAAGAAAAGUUUCGGAAACGAGUUAGCGCAGAUCGCGCUGCAAUAGCUCGAGACGCCGUUGGCAAGGCGCUCUACGACAGACUCUUCACAUACAUUGUAGCAAAGAUUGAUAGCGGACUACGACCUGCUGACCCUUUGCCUGAGCACGAGCAGUGUUGCAUCGGGAUUCUCGGUGCGUCAGCGGCUGCAUCUCCACAGGUCUUAGGAUUCACCGACAAUCAAGCCAUUCUAGACUUGUUUUUCGAAACGAGCGGCAUUUUCCCGACCCUGCGCGAAUAUACCGCCUUGGCGACGGGACGCGAUGAGGCCUUUCUCCAAGAUUUGGCACAAAGACAGCAAGACAAUGCGCGUUUUGCAAGGACAAAGUUUGCCGAUGUUUUCCGCGUGCAGCACUAUGCUGGCACCAUUGACUACCAUGUCACAGGCAUGAUUGAAAAGAAUCGUGACCCUCUACCCAGCGAGUUGCAGGCUGUGCUUCAGAAAACAAGCAAUGCCCUCAUUGAGCUGAUAUUCCAGCCCAACAUUGAAGAGAUGGCGUCAUCCUCGGUCGGUGAGCAGUUUACCAGCUCACUGGCGGCCCUGAUGUUCAAAAUGAAUACCUGUUUGCCGCACUUUGUGCGGUGUAUCAAGCCCAACGGUGCUCAAAAGCCCAAGUGCUACGAGGAUCAAGUGGUCGUCGAACAGCUCCGAUACACGGGCAUGCUAGAGACCAUCCGGAUCCGCCGUGAGGGCUUUGCCCAUCGUUUGACCUUUGAAGAUGUUGUACAAGCUUAUCGCGGUGUCUGCUUUGAUUUCACGACUCGCCUUCCCCCCACCCGAGACAAUGCCGCCAAGAUUAUGGCGGCCUGCCAAGCCAAGCAGGCAGGCCUCAACACCCAACAGGCUAUGGCUGACACCCUCAACACCUUGGAUGGCUGGAUUGUGGCCAAGAACAAAGUCUUCCUCAAAUACUGGCAUGUGGACGUCCUAGACUCCCUCAUGAUGCCUUUCGGUGCGGCGGCCACGGCCAUCCAAGCUUGGUAUCGUGGGUGUCUCUCACGCAGGCGCUACGCUGCUGAUCUUCGACGUUACCGUGACCAACUGGCCUUGGCCAAAACUUUUAUGAGCGAUGCAUCGCACACUGCCAAAGAAGUGUUUGGUAUGCUGUCGACCCUGUUGCAGGAGGAAGAACGGCGUGGGCUUGCCGGACUUGGUCUGCUGCAGAGCAUGCCGCCCAAGGAAGAGAAAAAGGCAUUAAAACAGCUGCACACUGAAAUCAGCAAGCCGCUUGACAAGCGCCGCUUUGCCAAGAGUGUGUCCCGCGACAUACGCGCAUCUCAAAAAUGGUGGCUCAAGUUUGAGCAGCGGAGGGAUGAGCACCUGGAUACGGAUGGCAAUGUAUACCCGUGGUUUCACGGCCUUCUUUCAAGACGUGAGGCCGAGGAUUUGCUCUAUGAUUCACCCGUGGGCACGUUUUUGUUGCGCGUAUCCGACCGCUCCUUCAACUAUGCUCUUUCCAUCAAGCACGACAAGGCCUUUUUCCGCCAUUACCGCGUCACACACGCCGCUUCGGGGGGCUACUGUGUGGACGGAGCUGCUUCAGAUUUCCCUACACUCGCAGAACUGGUGGAUUUCUUCCGCCAUGAAAACCUAUCCGUGGCUGGUGACCGACUUGUCGAGCCGCUUGAUCUCAUUCAUGAUCUCCACUUGGGCAUUGGCGACCAGAAUGGGCAGUUGCAUAGCGUGCGUACCGAUUCACUGCCGUGCCGAGCCAUUGCAUAG